AUGUCCGGAGUAAAGUUCUAUGUGUUGGGAGGCGGGCGAUGGCGGGAGGUGGACCUGUCGUCUGGUCUCGUCGAGGGCUGGGGCCCGGCGAAGUUCCUUGUGGCCCGCGGGGGCCGGCUGAAGUCUCAGAGGCGGGCCCCUGUGUUGAGGGGGCUGCGGGCACUUGCGGCUGGCAGGCCUACCACCGUACAUGAUGGACCGAUGCUCACACAGAUCAGACAGGAAACAAUCUCCAAACCGAAGCCCCGCCCCAGCCCUCGCCACGUCUGUGAGCCGUGUCACGUGUCAUGCCACACUCUGUGUCGGCCACAACACUACGGGUGUGGUCACAACCCCUUGUACAACGAACAGAGGCCCGCCCUCCCCGCGGCCGGCCCGCGAGUCUCACAUGCCUCCGUACAGGCGGACCUCACACCGGACAGGCAGAGCAACCAACAUGGACGACACGUGACUGAGGAGACGACGACCAGAGAACAAGAUAAGAACUUGAACAGAACUAAGAACACGGAGAUUAAGAUCACUCACAGGACGAGAGACGAGCGACCAGCGACACGGAGACGGAGCGAGAGGAAGACGACUCACACGGAGGAGGAGGAGAGGAACAAGAGGGAGGAGCGGGGGGGAGGGACGGGGAGAGUGUGCAAGGAACUGAUCAUCAGCGAGGAGGAGGUGCUGCUGCUGAGAGGCUUCCUGGCCAGGGACGAGAGGAACGUGUUCCGAGCGGACCUGCACAGGUUCGACGCCGAUGACGAUUACAAGAGAAACCUGUUCUACAGACUGAACCCGCUCGUGAGCAUAGAGCGGAGCGAGCUAUUCCACACGCGCGGGCAGCCGGACACGAGCUCCUCACUCACACGAAGAGACUUCAUGUCCACGCUGGGCUUGAAGGAGGUGGACGCGGAACACAAGGACGAGCCGCGGACGACCAGGAGGAGGACGCGGGCCAGCCAGCGGGACAAGGAGAACAGGGGAGGGGACACGGGGAGCAACACGCGGCGCGGGGCGGGAGGGGGGGCGCUGAGGGACGCGGCGGGGGAGACGAACAGGCGCGGGGACGGGGUGGAGGAGAACAAGCGGUCGAGGGUGUUCCGGGAGUACAGCGCGGAGGAGGACGCGGCCAUCGUGAGGCUGGUGAGUGACGGAGAGAGGGCCGCCAGGGUGAACGGGAACACGCUGUGGAGGGAGCUGCAGCAGGACCACCUGCGGCUCACGGGCCACGCCCGCUCGUGGCACUCUCUCCGUAACCGCUACCUCCGCUACCUGCUGCCCUCCCUGUCGUCGCUCGCCUCCCCGUCGGUAGCGUCUCGUCUCCGCGCCGCGGCGGCUUCGGGUGAGAUCAAGCGUCCGUCCCGCUGCCGGCCCGCCGACAGUUCCUUCCACCGCCUGCCGCCCGUCACCAGCGCGUGGGCCCGCCGCCGCCGCUCCCCCCCGCGUGAGUCUCCCCCUCACACUCCUUCCCCUUCCUCUCCCUCUCACUCCACCUCCUCCGACUCCUCGUCUCCCAUACCGGACACGACCAGGAGGAGCGAACGGAACAAGACUGAAGCGCCCCGCGUGCUCCGCUCGCGCGACGUCCCCCGCACGCCGACCUACGACGAGCUGACGAGGAGGUUUAACGAGCGACACGCGCGAGACUCGGAUACGUCCGGGGCGGAGCGCCGCAGCCCCCGGGGACUGCGCCCCGACCAGCCCGCAGCCCUACAGAGACCUCACACGAGACGCCUUUACAACCAUGCUAUGUGA